AUGGAAAAUUUCAAGAAUUCCUCGUCUCAGCUUCUUUGCCAUUUGCAAAGAACCAAGAGAUCAUUCUGUGCUAUAAUUUCUGUUCUUUUUCUCUGUCUUUUAAGUUAUAACAGUGCCACAAUGUUCUUUGCCAAAGUUCCUUUUCCUGCCAGAAAUCUCCAGGAGCCACCCAGUUUUUCGCCGGAAACUGUUGCCGGAGAGUCAAGGAAGUCUUUUUCCGUGCCUUCUUUAACUAAGCUCUCACCUUCUGUUCCAUUUGGGAUCAAAAAAGAGGUUUCAGUUGAGAAAUUGAAAAUCCAUUUGCCUCUUUCACGUAAAAAUCCAAACUUAGUCGUUUUUGCCAGAAAUCCCCCGGAGCCAGCCAGUUUUCCGCGGGAAGUCGCCGAAAAGUCAAGAAAGUCCUUUUCUGUUCCGUCUUCAACUAAGCGUUCACCUUCUGUAAAGUUUUCGAUCAAAAAAGGGAUCCCAGUUGAAAAAUUGAGAACACAUUUGCCUCUUUCACAUAAAAAUCCAAACUUGGUAGUUUUUACGAACAGAACUGCAUUGCAACAUCCAAUUAGGAGGAAAAAGCAGAGUCAGGCUUUCAAGAUUUUGGGCUCCGAGGCUAAAAUGAAGCAGUUUUCAGUUAGAAUGAAGGAAUUUUUACUGAAUUCCUCCUGUGAGUAUCGUUUUUUCAUGACAUGGAUUUCAUCAGUGGAUUCUUUUGGUGGUAGAGAGUUAUUUGCUAUAGAGAGUCUAUUCAAAUCACACCCAAAUGGCUGCUUAAUCAUAGUCUCCAAUACAAUUGAUUCAAGAAAUGGGAUGCAAAUCCUAAGACCCUUUUUGGCUAAGGGGUUUAAAGUGACUUCAAUCUCUCCAGACUUCAAUUAUCUGUUCAAGAACACUGCUGCAGAAUCAUGGUUUAAUCAGUUGAUGAAAGGCAAUGUGAAUCCUGGAGAGGUCCCUUUAGGCCAGAACCUCUCAAAUUUGCUGAGACUUGGAUUGUUAUACAGAUUUGGUGGGAUUUAUUUAGACACUGAUGUCAUAAUCUUAAAGAAUUUCGGGAAUCUAAGGAAUGUCAUUGGGGCUCAAACAAUUGAUUUUCUGACAGGAAAUUGGACCAGAUUGAACAAUGCAGUAAUGGUAUUUGAUGAAGGCCAUCCACUUGUUUACAAGUUCAUCGAGGAAUUUGCACAAACAUUCGAUGGGAGUAAAUGGGGACACAAUGGGCCUUACUUAGUUUCAAGAGUUGUUUUAGGGGCUGGAACUGGUUAUAAUUUCACCGUUUUACCGCCUAUGGCAUUUUACCCCGUUGAUUGGAACAGAAUCGGCAGCCUUUUCGAGGGGCCGAAGAGUCUGGCUCCCUCAAAGUCGAAAUGGUUGCUUGCGAAGUUUAGACAAAUUAAUAGACAUGGAUAUGCAUUGCAUCUUUGGAAUAAGCAGAGUAGAAGGUUUAAGGUUGAGGAAGGAAGCAUUAUUCAAGAUAUUAUGUAUGAUCAUUGUGUCUUGUGCAAUUUUUCUUCAUUAGACAUGUAA